GGGACGUGCUUUACGUUCCGCAGACACGCGCAAUGAUAGCCGGAAGCACCGAUGGGAGGAAAAUAAAAAUCGAUGAAAUCCACUGUUAUUCGCGAGUAUAAACCUCUCACUUACUGUCCAUUUCGCGGCCGUAAGCUUGAAUAUAUCAGCCUCUUAUAGUGCCAGUGUGUCGGAGGGGACGGCAGUGAGCAGGAAAGCUGCUCCAUUUGAAGGAAGUUGCUCGGUAGGGGUUUAGCUGACGUGUGGAGAAGUUGAGACUGCCAGUGAGCAGAUAAACAAACAUAAACAAGCAGGGAUCAGCUGAGCGCCUGUCCGAACCGAACCAGCAGCACGGAGAGAUGUCAAGGGGGACGUGUUUCCUCUUUUGAACCCAAGAAUGAUCCACAGGAGACCGUGACUUACACUGAUACUAGCUCCAUGUCAACUGUCAACACUGGCACAAAGAAUUUCGGAAACACAACACGAGGAGAAGCAGCAGCAGCCACAGGCUUCAGCAGAAAACCUACUGCUUCUGUCUGUUUGACAAGAGACAACCAAGCUAACAUGGACAACUAAUGAGUUUACCUUCCUGUUUUCAGCUGUAAAGAAAUCAACACAUAUAACAGUACAAGGAGAUAGAGGUAAACAGUUUUCAUUAACUUUGCUUUUUCCACCAUAGAGGGCCUGUGGACUCAAACACUGACCUAUAUGUUUACUGACAGACCACUUAAACCUGUUUAUCUUUGAUGUAAUACCAGCACAACCUUCAUCUAUUCAAGUUUGCUGUUUAAUGUCUUUGAAAAGCUUCUUGCUUCAGUGUAAACAAAGUUAACAGAUAGUAGGUGUAGCAGCACAGUCAACAAUUACCUUGAAAUUUAGUACACAAAACACUACCAAUUACCCUAUUUUUCUAUUUCCCGUUUAGCUCGAACUAAUCUGUGUCCACUGGUGUCAGACGUGGGAUCAACAUGGCCCACCAGGCAACCCCUAGUUCCCAGAAGGCCCUGAUGAUGGAGCUGAAGUCUCUGCAGGAACAGCCAGUUGAGGGUUUUCGCAUCACUCUGGUGGAGGAGUCUGACCUCUAUAACUGGGAAGUGGCCAUCUUCGGACCCCCAAACACCCUGUAUGAGGGAGGCUACUUCAAGGUGAGGGAAAUUUGUAUUUCCAAAAGAGCAGGAAAAGUACAUGACAGAGUUAAUAUGAUGGGACGCAUUCAUGAAGCUAAUUUAUAUUCAUUAACAGGUUAAUGUGUUCAGUGUGUGUGUAUGCAAUGCAGCGGUGCUCAUGGCAAAUAUCCCUCCCUGAGAAGGAUAGAUAGAAGAUUGCUGCAACUUGGAAAACAGCCAGGUGGUUCAUAGACAGUCACUCUGCUUGAACUCAGAAUGUCAGAGCAAGUAAAGUCAUAUUACAAUAGCUGUAAAAACUGUAAUCCAGUAAUGACCCGCCUCACCUGCACUGUUCUUUUUUUCCAAAUCCUAGAGUAUUCAGGCAGCCAUUUAUAUCUCUAUAAUCUUAAGCCUUCCUCCCCUGUCCCUUCAUUCUCCUUGUCCAGCCUUCUCCCCCCUUGCUGUAUGAUGGUUGUGCUUCAGAUGGCUAUUUUUAGCUGUGGGACUGAUAUAAAUGGCACCUCAGCACAGAGCAAGAGUAAGAGAGAAGGGCAAGAUGGGACUGAUCUCCAUUUAUUCCAUGCUACUUCUUCAGUAAAACAUUUUGAAAAGGCAGCCUAGCAAGAGCCAGCAUUCAAGCCAGGGCAAUGCAGAUAACAGGGUGGCCUCCCAGGAACUCUAAAGUAAUACAGAGUAGGCCUUGUUGUUGUUGUUGUUGUUGUCAUUAGUGCCGUUGGCUAUCAUUGAUUGCAUCAGGCUCUUGCUUUAUUCACUGUGGACAACAUAUCAUAUCAAACCCUCUGUUAAAAAGGAACAACUCUCAGCAGUCAUCACAUCUUUUGAAGUGAUGAGGUGUCAUUCUCCAAAGAGCCACGGCCAAACUAUCUGCAGCACAAUAACACAAAACUACACGUAUCGAUGGACAGGACAAGCAUAACACAGAGAACAACGAUCAUAACAAUGUAAAAACUAGUCAAAAGUGACAAAUGGUAAACAGACCCAUGUGGCGAAUUUGUUAAAUCUGUAUGUCGAGAAAACAGAAAUGCAACAUGUCACCCCUGAGCUCCUGUAACACUCAUAAUUAGGAAAUAAAAUUGUGGCUAUCACAGAAUUAUUUACUUUGGUGCACAGCAUAAUGGAACAAACAAACAAACAAAAAAAAAAACGGUUACACUGAGGCACAGAUGAGACUGAUUUGAACCUGAAUUAAGUAUUACUGCACAACAUUGGUCCCGUAACUUUGUUUCUGCUGCUGGAUGGCUCCUGUGAGGCAGUGAGUCAAAAAACACUCCCCUCUCUAUUGAGAGGAGGGUGAGAGAUAUUGUUUUUUACAUAUCAAGUGAUAAUUAUUGUGACGUUAACCUCAUGAUAGUGUGGCAUAAUAUCAGUGUUUGUAAUGUGCCAAGGCUGCACCAGUGUAGAGGCUAUUGGUGAGGUAUUGAUAGUCCUAUCUGAGUUGCAGCAGGUUACUGAGAGCUGGGGGUGGUGUUAAACGCAUACACACCCAAACCUUUCACCUACAUAAUUACGCAAUACUUUUGGGGGAAAAAAACACAUAAUUGGGACUAAUAUGCAGACAAACGUGGAGCUCAGUUGAAAUUCACUCUGAGUUACUGAAGACUGAUGACAACUGCGCUUGUGCUAAAUGUAUGAAAUAAUUCUCUUUGUAACUUAAAUCAAACUUUAUGAAGCUACCUUGCGAUUGAAUACUUGUUGUUGAGACAAGUCGGCUAACAGAGAGACCAUUUUAAAAGCAACAUUAUGGUUUGACUUCAGUCUGGAUGUGUCAACAUUAUGCCCACAGGGACUCGUCUAAAACAGUGUUUCACAACCAUUUACAUCAUGAGUUGUGAAAGUAUCCUAAACCAAUUUUCAUCUUUGUUGCUGUUUGAUAUUAUUGAUAUUACUACAGUUCUGUUGAAAGGAGCAUGAAGGAAAAAUUUAGCUUGUUUCACCAGACAAAUCAUGUAUCAUGUCGUUUUUCUCAAUAAAUGUUUACAACAACUUCUCUAAUAUCGGCUCACCUCUCACAGGAGUCUUGGGCUCAGAUGACAUGAAAGUAGAUUAACUGAACCUGAGUUUUUUACCUCCGCCAAGAAGGUUAUGUUUUCGGUAGCAUUGGUUUGUUUGUUUGUCUGUUAGCAGCUUUACGGAGAAAGUAACAGACGGAUUGACCUGAAAUUAAUCCAGAGGUGCGUCUCAGCCCCAGGAGGAUCCCAUUAAAUUUUGGUGGUGAUCCGGACAAAAUUCUGGAUACUGUGAUCCAGAACACACAAAAAUAAGGGUGUCAUUGGAAUUUUCAAUGCUGAAAGAUAAGAAAUGGGCGGCACAGUGGUGUACAUAGGUAGCACAGUGGUGUAGUGGUUAGCACUGUUGCCUCACAACCAGAAGGUCCUGGGUUCGAAUUCCAGUCAGGGCAUUUCUUGUUGCACUCGGAGGUCUGCGCUCUCCGAGUGCUCUUCUAGUUUCUACUGUGACCCUCUGUCUGAUCUUCUAGGCCCACAUCAAAUUUCCAGUCGACUACCCAUACUCCCCACCCACCUUUCGCUUCCUCACCAAGAUGUGGCACCCUAACAUUUAUGAGGUAUGGCAUUUUGUGUUUGAUAUCAGCUGUUUUUAUACCGUUUGGGUAGCCACUGUUCUUUCAGCAUAGUACCCAUGUUCAUGUCUUCAUUACAGGCAUUAAAGUAGAUAUUUUGUUCUUUAUCCAGAAUGGAGAUGUGUGCAUUUCUAUCCUGCACCCUCCUGUGGAUGACCCUCAGAGCGGGGAGUUACCUUCAGAAAGAUGGAACCCCACCCAGAAUGUCAGGUAAUGUUUGCCUUGUGCUACACGAUUUUAUCUUUUUGUGUUGGAUGUGCAUAUGUAUUGAAAUAAUGGAUGUCAAACGAUGAAUUUUUCAAUUUGUCAUUUAUUACUGAAUACCAGAACUCGAUGGUGAUUACUCACACUUUUAACAGAAUGUUUAAUUUCAUUAUUUACCAUUUUCAUAAUGAUUUUAAGAAAUCAUUCACAAUGUAAAGCGAUACAUGCCAAACUAAGAGUGCCCCUUGAACCCCAGUCCUCUAUGCUUCUGGCUGGUAUGCAAUUCAGUCACUACCUAUUUAGCAAGCGCUGUAGUAAACUUCCAUGAUCUAGCUCUCUGCAGCGUUUCACUCACUCCUAAAUGUGUUUUGCCAGCUUAUAAGAUGUGGUUGCUUGCUGACAGUAGUCUGUUUAGUUGCUCCUGUAUGCAUUGCUCACAGGUAGUUGUUAAAAUUUAAAGUACAUCAGUGAUAUUUGAGGUCUGUUUUGACACUAACUAACUGCAUUUUUCCUUCAGUUUCUAAAGUGAUACCUCAGCGAGCUGUUUGUUUAUUUGUUUUAUGAAACGUGCCAUCCAAAAGUACAGUAGUGUUGUUUUUUUCCGUCAUGGCAAAACAGAGACAACAGCAAAUGAUUCACAAGAGUAAUAAAAUGUAUUGCUGUCAAGACAUAAACACUGAAGUAAAGUUAUCUUAGUUUGAAAAGUUGGUUUAGAUAUGUUGCACUCUGGCUUCUAUUAAACUGUAGUUCUCGUUUGAGGAGUGUGGGAUAAUAAAGACUCUGUGAUGGCUCCAGUUUGAUUCCCUGUCUCUCUUUCAUAUCUAGUAAAGAAUAAAAUAAUCUAAGAAAAGGGAAGCAUAGAUUAGAGGAAUCACCCCAAAUAACACAGCACCUCAUGUAAAGUACAUGUAGUGAAAGGUUUAGACAUUCCUUUGUUCUGAGUAACAUUUGAAGGGGAAGUAGCUGCAGGGCAGAUUUCAGAAAUUCUUUUUAACCCAGAAUACCAACCUGGCUUCUCUUGUCGAGGAGUAGAUGUAAAGCGCUGAGGAAAUGUUUGAAAACAUAUGCAGAUUGCAUGCUGCAUGUAAUUAAGCCACAAGGGAAAGAGGUGAGUUAACGCCUCCAUCCAGGCUGCGAUGAAGCUUAACAAGGAUUCAGAAAAGCCUGCACAGAGUUUUUCUUUCAGACAGAGGCGAGAGCUGACACUGGAGUAUCCUUGUUUUACUUUCUCUGUUUGUGUGUUUGUGUGCUGUCCCCCCACCAUUAGGACUAUCCUGCUCAGUGUGAUAUCGCUGCUUAAUGAGCCCAACACCUUCUCCCCAGCCAACGUGGAUGCAUCUGUCAUGUUUCGCAAAUGGAGGGACAGCAAAGGCAAGGACAAGGAGUACGCAGAGAUAAUCAGGUAUUAAUCUUUUACAACAAAGAACUUGAAUUCCAUUUAGCUCAUGGUGAUAUCAUUGACUGACUCUGUUUUUAAUUUAUUCCUGUUCGGCCCACAGGAAACAAGUCCUGUCAACAGCGGCUGAGGCUGAGCGUGAUGGCGUGAAGGUGCCAACCACACUGGCUGAGUACUGCGUACAGACCAGGGUCCCUUCUCAGGACAGCAGUUCAGACCUCCUUUAUGAUGACCUCUAUGAUGACGACAUGGAGGAGGAGGACGAGGAUGAAGACGAGAGUGAGUUGGAGUCUGUAGGCGAGGCCGGUGGGGUCAGCAGCAUGGAGGGCGGCGGGACCUCCACCAGACGUUAUGACAACCAGGACGACUCUGGAAAUGAAGACUCAUGAUGAUCUGGAUGAUUACUCCUCCCUGCCAACUCCCAAACCCACACCCUCUUUUGUUUUACGUGUCACGUUACAAUUUUUCAGUGGGUGAGUGCCUGUGUGUGUGUGUGUGUGUGUGUGUGUGUGUGGGUGGGUGGGUGUACAGUGGGGUCAAAGGUCUACUGCCAAAAUACUUUUCAUCAUUUAUUAAACUAGUACAAACGAUUGGUAAAACAGUGGUUCUUGGAUGCUGUUAAAUAGGUUAGUUUGUACUGUUUUCACCGAGAGUUAGAAUUUGGUGUUUCCACCAUUUGCCUUAAUUACAGCUUGCACUCUGUCAUCUGUCGCAGUCAGAUGUUCUGCAGAAUUUAUGGAAAGUGAAGUUAUUCCAGCACCAUUUGAGAGCUACCCUCAAGUGUUUGUGGUGUUUCCCCACAUUUCUGUUUUUGAAUGUUCCCACUGAUGAGGAUGAGGGUCUGUCCCAGUCCUCAUUGUUAAAACUAGAGCCCAUGAUGGUAUCAAUCCAUGGUCAGUGUGUGAUUGAUAGUGUUCAUUAAGCUGACUAUACAUUAGACAAAACAUGUCAAUCAGUAACAUUUCCAUCAUCAUGUCCAAAUCUCAUAUUUUAAACUCAGUUUUAUCACUCCCUCAUGGAACCAAACCCAGUCUUGUAAGUUUUAGAUAAACUUCAACCAAUGCUAACCUUUGGGCUUCUUUUGCCAUUAAAUAAUGGUUUGAUAACUGCUACACAAGUAGAUCUUUACACAGCAGUUUUUUCAGCCUUAGUAGACUUCAUUUGUUGAAUCUGCUUGGCAUCAUAGAUGAAGCUCUGUCUCAAAGGUGUUGGCUUUAUAAAAUGAGGCAGUUUCUCGUUGUGUCUGGAGCCUGUUUUUCACCUUUAAAUCUGAGUCAUCGGCUGUAUAUAAAGAUGAACAACGCGCCCCACCUUCUUUUGCUGUGCCAAAGUGAAGCUAAAGUCCCCCCAACAUGUUGUGCAUUUGUAGUGUCCACACAGAGAACAGUCUUUGCUGCUUCAGUGCUGAUUUCCCGCUUCACACAUUCGACUCAAUCGGAUUAAAUUUGACCCAAGUAUUCUGCACAUUUUUCCACACAAGAUUUUGAGCUUCGAAGUUGAAUAGCAUGGAUGUGUUGCUGGCAGUAAAGAAAACUUUGGCAAAAGAAGAAGAAAGGGUGUGAAAAGGACUAAACUUUUGUAUCUUACAAACCAACGGUACAGAGCUGGUUGAGUUUUUUCAUCGUUCAACAUACAUCCUGUUAGCCUCUUGCUAUCUGGUUUUGACAAUUGAUUCAAUGUGCAAUACAUCAACAUAGAGACAAUCUGAUAGUGCUGAAAGGGGGGAUGUCGCCACCUCCCAUAGCUCUGACAUCCUUCUGUCCAAACUCAAUUCUUGCCCAGUGCUUGUAAACUGGAACAAGGCCAGAAGUCCAGUUAAGUCGCCUGAUCGAGUUGUAAGCAUAGCUUGACUUGACUGUGCAUGUAAACAUAUUGACUGUAUCAGCAGACCAGUCAACAGAGCUGUCAAUCAUGGCAUAAAAUCCCAGAAAAUUUAGACGUAAAUCAGCAUUAUGAGCAUUAGAAAGCAUUAUAAUGAUAGAAACCAUGUUUGAGAAAAAAAAAAGAGUUUUUUGUAGUUUUCAACUUUUAUCCAUGUCCCACCCGUUAACAUGGAGGAGGCUUACUUUCAAGCCUGUACUGCAGCCUGUCAGUGGGGGAGCUCUGAAUCUUUAGCUUCACUUUGGGAAGAUAAAAUGUUGUCCAUCUUUUUUAUAUAAAGUCUAUGAUCCAAGUCCUCUUUUUUUAGUUUCAGCUAAUACGAGUCGUCUCAGUUCUCAUUACAAUUACAGAUACCAAGUUAUGAAACAUCAAAAUAUGCACGACGAGACAAAAAAAUCCACAGUUGAUAUUACCUCCAGGUAUUUCCCAGAGAAAAGAUUUCACGCUCAGUUUAAAUAGUGUGCUCUUCAUUUAAAAUUUCUGCUAAGUAAACAAAGUGUCUUAGAUUUUGAUAAAUGAUGAAAAAAAUACUGUCCUUGUGGUGGUCUCUUGGACUCCAUUGUAGCUGACUGGCUCUUUCUCUGGCUAGUCUGUCAGAUUGUUUGGUUUUGGCUUUAUCUACAUCGUCUGUCCUUGUUGCUGUUUUCUUUGUUUAUUUCUGUUUUGUUGGUUGACACUCUGUCCUCCCUGACUUGUCCCCUGUUUUUUUUUUUUUUUGGGAUGGCUCAGACAGUCCGGCUGAUGGGAAUUUAGCUCAUUAAUCAGAUAAUGAGUGGGGCAGCUUGUUUCCCCUGUCCUCUCAUGCCUGUCAGUUCAACUUUGAUGCAAUCAACAGAAAAUGUACUAAAACAGGCUCUGUCAUGACUCCACCCUCUUGGGCACACCUUCAGUAGUGACGUCACUGCUCUCUCAUCCCGAAAAGCAACGCUAUUUUGUUCGGGGUGAACAAGAGUUAAGACCUUUUCUCAAGCCGCCUCCUAAACCUCUCUCUGCCUCUUAAACCUCAGGGCCUCAAAAGACUUUCACUGAGAGAGAAAAAACAGUCAAAGAGAAAUGUACCACAUAAAACUGCUCCUCAAUCCCACCUUUCUUUUCUUUUCUUUCUGCAUCACUGGAUAGUCUAGAGGGCAGACAGUGAACUGAAAGUCUCCAAUCCUACCGCCAGCAUGUUUAUACAUGACUGAGUGUUGCUGUUGGUCCAGAUUUGGGCCCUUAAAGUUGUUUUUCUCCUGUGUGGGCUUGAGUCAAAUUCUGAAAAGUACUCCUGAAGGGACUUCUCUUCAAUAUACAGUGGUCACAUUAAGUUGUGAUAGAUGUGAGAGUGUAAUGUAUUGGCAUCGAGACUCCAACUCAUGCUUACAGGCAACUUUGAGAAAACUGGACAAUGUUACUGUUCUACAUCACAUCCAGAGUCUGUUUCUCUACAUGCAGCUUAGCUACACAUUUGAAUGAAUAUGACACUGAUUGCUCAAUAUGUUUGUGUGUAUGCGUGUGUGUGUGUGUGUGUGUGUGUGUGUGUGUGUGUGUGUGUGUGUGUGUGUGUGUGUGUGUGUGUGUGUGUGUGUGUAUUUACAUUUACUUUUCACUUAUUGACUGCAGUGUAAGGAUUUUCCUGUUCCUGUCUCUUUGGAAACAGUGCAGACUGUCCCACACAAGUGAGUUUUCCCCAAAUGACUUUUUGGACUUUGUCCAGUUGAGAAAACAUUUGGUGUGUUUGCACUUUGUUCCAGGGUUGUUUAAGGACACCUGAAUGGGCUAAAUAUUUGGAUGAUUAAGAAAACACCUUCUGAGUAUUAAACCUGUGAACACACUGAAUGACAGGAUGCGGCUGACACUGCUCAUAAGACAUCAAGUGAAGAGCACAUUUUGAGCUGUGUUUUAUGGUUGUAGGUUUGAAUCUGGGUUUUGAAGCUGCCCCUUUUAACGCAGCGGAGCGCUGCACAAACUUUUUAUUCAAAUUGAUGGGUUUUAAGCCAAGGAAACCAAGUGAACCCUACAACUUUCCGUUUUGAAGACUAUGGAGCAUCGGAUGCAUGUAGUGGAUUUAAUCUGUUUUGAAUAAACUCUUGUAAGAGAUAUCUUUUGGAUUUUAAUGUGAAGCCAAAUGAGUGAAACAUUUCCUCCUGGCCCCGUGCUUCAGAGCCUCGUGGAGAUUGGAUUCUGUCAAGGACGGGAGAGGAAAUCCACUCUUGAACCAGAUCUUUAAUGGAUGUGAUAUCAAGGCACAGCCAGAGGCAAAAAAGAUGCCACAGAAACUGAACUUGUCUCACCAUGGUCCCAUUUUUGCCCAUCAUGCACCAUAAAGAGACAAAGACAUUGUGUUGAAAUGUACCAGUGUCAUGUUAGUCUGAUAAUGGACUACACUGAUGUAUGGGUCAAUAAGCUUGUUUGCUCUUUUGCUUGUUGUUUGGGUUUGAGUAAUAUUAGAAAAGGUAAUCCCACUGCGAUGUUUGACCCUUAAGUAACAGACCCUAUCCAACAGCCAUUUAGUUUAGCUUGGCACUCACAGUGAAUCAGGGUACAGCAGCUAGCCUGUUCCAACAACAGAUAGACCCGGUUUUUAAGUUUUUCUUCUUUUCUUUUGAUCAUUUGUCAGGGUCACAUUUUUUAGACGAAGUCAGGACAGCUGUUAUCCUAUUUCAAGUCAUUGUGCUAAGCUAAACUAAGCUAACCAGUUGCUGGUUAAGCAUUUAACAGAAUUGAUCAAAAAUAGAGAAACCAGGGCGGUAUCAAAUUACCCGUUCAAAUUUGUCAGGCAGUUUUUUAGUUUAUUUUUAUGCCAACAUAUGGAAUAUGAAAUCAGCAAGUUUGACAGGGAAAACAACUUGCCAAGCUUGAGCUAAAGGUAUUUCAAUCAGCCAACCUGAAUCUUCAAAGUUUAUCAUUUAGGAACUAAUGUUUUUGUUUUAGCAUUUUUAAAUUGGUAGUUUGUCGAAAAAUAGAUUUUAAGAUGAAAUUAUGGUCGUAACAGAAGUAAACUGCUGACUAAGGCUAACCGUUUUUGUCUUUGUGUCAAGCUAAGCUAACCAGCUGUCGACUUUAACUUCAAAUUUAACAGACAUAUGAAAACUGUGUCAAACUUUCCACUUACUCUGCGCAAAAGAAAGCAAAAUAUAUAUUUUCCUUAACUAUUGAUGGAUUUCUGCAGAGCCAAGCUUUUUUCCCCCAAUAACAAAUUUAAAAACUGUAAUCAAUGUUGUUGUUUUUUUCCUUUUGGGGCAAAGUCUAGGCAUUGUGUAGCUCUAAUGAUAGCAAGUCGAUGAUCAGUUUAGAGGUCUUGGAUCUUAAGACUCUCUUCUCUCGUACUGAAAUGUAUGCCUUGUUUUACAACGAGAGCUGGAGGAUUCACAAAUUCUACCUGAACUUUAUUCCCUAAAAAGUCUACAGCUUAAAAUGCUGCGGUGAUAUUCCAAACAAACUACACAUACAUAUGACUGAAUGAAAUUAUUUAGGUCAUAAAAUCUGUGUGUUUGUGUGUGCACAAGAGUGUCGUUUUUGAAGUGUGGACUGUCACACGGCCACACACCACUCAAUGGGCUGACCUGCGUAUCCACAAUGAUACCACAAUGUGUCCACACCUAUCGAUGUUGACGCUGUCCUCGUUGGUUUCUUCUUUCAUUUAGUGUCUUUUUUUUUUGCCUUCAUCAUUUUGUGUUUGUGAGAUUGCAAAUGUCACACAUAAAGUUUUUAUUGUAAAAAAAUAUAUAAACAUUGUUGGGUUUGUUUUGCAAAGUAGCUUUGAUUUGCGUUGCCAAGUUUACUUGUCAUGAAAAACAGACAAACACAGUGAGUUGGUUUUUGGAUAAUGGGUGAUGUGCAAACUGAGGCAUACCCUCAUUGUGGUUAAGUUGGAGUAUCUUUCAAAAUAAACCAGUGUCACUAAAGCCAGCUGAAAGGUUUUAAACUUAUUUUUAAAUUGACAAUUGGUCAAAACUGUAUUAGGGACUGUGUCCACUGACGGCAUUCUUUGUUCACUCACCCUCAAUUGAAAAGCACUCCUCACAGGCGCUAACUGUCACCAGGUUUCAAAAAUCGUUGCACUUCCACUGCCCUUAGAAGUGACCAAGUACAUGCAAUUGGGUGAUGAUGCAUUUACAGUAGCUUUAGACCAAGAAACUGUACCUUUGAGAAAACAAAUCCGAUCAGUUUGCCCUGUGUCAAAGUUAUUGAAAAAAAUGGUAUCAAAAGUCCGGCCAUACUUGAUUCUGACUGGUUAGUGAAAGAGAAGUUAAAAUGACGAGCACAGGGGCAUUCCUAGUGUUUCCAUGUGAGAGUGCUGUGAGUGCAGCAAACAAAAUCAUCUUUCUUUAGAGAAAAUAAGCACAAUCAGCUCAAAAUUUUAAAUGCCAUGAGUGGACACAGGCCCUUCAAAAAAUUACGAAUUUAAAGAUCAAGACUAGUGAAUUUCAAGUAAUGGAAAACUCAUGGGGUAGUUUUUACCUAUGGUGAAAAAGUGAAUGAGAGCAAAAUAUCAACACUGCUUAAUUUGUCUGACAUUGAGAUUCCUGUUUUGGGCUUCUACAUAUCCAGUAUGUCAACACUUAAA